GCCAGCAGUCAGCGCGGAAUGAAACAGGUUAAAAAAUAAUCUGUCAAACGAACCUGUCUAGAGCAAAUUUAUGAGAUUUUCGUAGUCUUACUGUAUAUGUUUGUACUCAAAAUUAUAUAAAUUAUGCCGAAGAAUAAAGGAAAAGGAGGUAAAAACAGGAGGAGAGGAAAGAAUGAGAACGAAACUGAAAAACGUGAGCUGGUCUUCAAAGAAGAUGGACAGGAGUACGCCCAAGUCACAAAGAUGCUCGGUAAUGGCCGCUUGGAGGCCAUGUGCUUUGAUGGCAUAAAACGUCUUUGUCAUAUUCGAGGGAAACUACGAAAAAAAGUUUGGAUAAACCAAGGUGACAUUAUAUUAAUAGGAUUGCGAGAUUACCAAGAUGCGAAGGCUGAUGUUAUCUUGAAAUAUACUCCCGACGAGGCCAGGAAUCUGAAGACGUAUGGAGAAUUCCCAGAGACAGUACGAAUCAAUGAGACAGUGGUCUAUUCUGUGGAUGGUCUGGAUGAAGAUAUCGAAUUCGGAGAUGAAGUUAGUUCAGAAGAUGAAGCUGAUGCAGUAGAUGCUAUAUAAAUUUAGCACUAAUUAUGUCUACAGUAAGUCUAUGUAAAUUUGUUUUGCUGUUAUGAAUAAACAUGACUUUGUGAUUUUAUACAUUUAGUUAUCAAAAUUAUUUCAUAAAUAAGCCUAUUUAUACCAUGUAAGAAUAUGUCUACAUUUGUUAGACAUGCAGUAUUUCUCCAUAAUUUCAAUUGUCAGAUAAUCUUACACUAGCAUUAAACACGAGUCCAUUUCAAUAAUUCAGUUUUUCUAGUUACAGUAACCAACAGUUAUAUGAAAUUAUAGUUAAAUUAUUGUGCAACAUUCCUUGAAUUAAUCCCAUUUGUCUCAGGAGAGAAAUGAUAAAAAUAAGGAAUGUACAUAUUACUACCUAUUAAAUAAUUAUAUCAACAAGA